AGCAGGUCAAGAGUUUAUAAAACUUGUCAUUGAGACAAAGCAGACCUGGGGUCCUUGAAUGUGUUUACCCUUUGUCUAUACUUCGUUGUUUGACAUACUAACCCUUUUAUGGAACCAUAGCUUGGCAGGCUUGCAUUUUUCAUAGGUCACUUAACGGUCACUAGUGUGAGUUCAAAGGGAAGGUUAUUUUUAGGAACAAGCAUCAUCGCAGCUUGAUGUGGCAUGUGAGUACUGUCAGGCUGUUAGGAGUCGCUGACUUGUGAUGUUAUCGACCUACAUUGUUAAAUGCUUAAAUCUUUAGCAACAUUGACUACUGACUGCCAUCCAAGAAAACCAGGACUGGUGUUACCAGUUUGAGCUCGUUUUGUUUGAACUAUCAGCCAACAGUAGGAGAUAUCCAUCAUGGAAGACAGCCAUUUGAAGCCCUCCAUGGAUCUGGCAGCACAGCUCCAGGCCCAGCCAGGUGACAGGAUCUCCUACCAUGCCUGGUCCAGGUCAGACAACGGCCUGGUCGAACAUCACAGCAUCUAUGUCGGGCAGGGGAAAGUGGUGCAUUACAAGGACGAGGAACAACUUGUGGUGCAGACCUGGUUGAGUCAUGUGGCUGCAGGUGGUAAGACCACACCUGUCAACCUGAAGGGACCGUUCACGACGUACUCGCCGGCGGAGGUGGUGAGCAGGGCGGAGAGACAGGUGGGACACUCCUACAGAUACGACAUCACCUUCCCUAACUGUCACAGCUUCGCAAACUGGUGCCAAACUGGGAAGGAGCAGACUGGAAACACUCCGGUUAAGACUUACAUUCUGGGCCUGGGUACUGCAGCUGUUGUUGCCUUCACCCUGCAUCACUUCUUGAAGUAAGGAUCAUUGGACAAGGCUGUCAACUACCUGAGCCUCUUGAGGAAUGAUGCAGAUCUGAUGUCACUCAGCUCAAUGGACACAAAUUGGACUGCCAGAUAAUGCCUCAAUCUCCAUGGGUAAUACCCACAAAUAACCCCAGCUGGGGAAAGUAGGGGAUGAUGUGAAUGUCAUGUUAUGUCACAAUGUGAUAUUGUGGAUGGAUAUUUAUGAGAAUUGAUAUGUGUGGCAUCUGCAGAAAAUCUUGUAAAACAUUAAUGGAUAUCAAUUACUUUCUGAGGAAGUGUUAGUACACAUGUACAUGUAUAACAAUAAUAAAAUAAUAGUUGCAAAUUACUGCAGUGUUACUAGUGUAACAUUAGAGAACUGUGCAUCUCACAUUCAAGUUAGACCCACUGAACAAAGACACACUAAAAUUCCAUGUAGGAUAUACAAAGCUAAUUUAAUACAUGUAAACAUCACACUCUUCCAGUUCUUUUGUGUUGUUAUGUACUACUCAACUGGUGCAAAAACGAAUGAAAAAGGUUGACAUGCUUGUACAUUUCAAAUGAACUUGUACAGGUUAUCACUCAAGUCAAAUCCAAAUUCAAACUUUCAGUUGGUCUCUCACAAAUUAAUAACAAAAGUUCAAAUACACAGUGACACACGAAGCACACAACUACAACAUAUGUAUGUAUUAAGAAACCCAGAAUUGAGACUGAUAUCACAACGGUCUUUGUGUUUGUGAAGUUGUAGCUGUGAAACAUCUACAUGUUUGCCAAAUUUUGAUGUGAAUAUUGUAAUCUGUACCUACUGAACUGAUACUAAUAAGUGUAACUGUAAGUAUGGGGUUACCUGACAUACUACAAUGUACAAUCUAUCUGAACUGCAUAUUCCUCAUGCAUAAAGCAGCAUUGGCCUUUGCAAUGCAUUCACUGAGUACAAUCUGUGGACUCUGCUAUUGAGGCAAGUUACAACAAAGCAAAUUAAGUCCACAGCUUUAAUGGUUGACAGACAAUUGUAACCUAUCACACAUGUGAAAUUAAGGUACUCUUGUAGUCAUCUACACAACCCAUCACAACUGAUUUCAGCCAAAUAAUGUAACAAAUAGUUGAUAUACAUGUACAUGUAUGUAACACAGCCUGCACUUCAUCCAACAUGGUAUCUUUACCGAAUGAUAACAACAUAAAGAGCAAAAAUUGAUAACUGUCACCUCACACAUCCUGUGUACUUAAUAUACAGUCAGGCAGUUGGAAUCCUUG